CGUGUCUCGGUGACGUGUGCGGGCGCUGGAAGGAGCUGCGAUCGGUGACGUGUCUUAAGCGAGCUCUUCACUCAGCGCCGUCUGUCGAGGACAGAGACCAGCUCGGACCGGGAGACGAGAAGCCGGCUCAUUUCACUGACUGGGACCAAGAAGACACUGGGUGUUGGACAGGAACCAAUAUGGGGAUAAAAUUUUUGGAAGUAAUUAAGCCCUUCUGUGCUGUUUUGCCGGAAAUCCAAAAACCGGAAAGGAAGAUUCAAUUCAGGGAAAAGGUGCUAUGGACAGCCAUCACCCUUUUCAUCUUCUUGGUGUGCUGCCAGAUUCCUCUCUUUGGAAUCAUGUCCUCGGACUCGGCAGAUCCGUUCUAUUGGAUGAGAGUCAUCCUCGCUUCAAACAGAGGGACCCUGAUGGAGCUGGGUAUCUCCCCCAUUGUCACCUCUGGUCUCAUCAUGCAGCUCCUCGCCGGUGCUAAAAUCAUUGAAGUCGGCGACACUCCCAAAGACCGAGCGCUUUUCAACGGGGCUCAGAAACUGUUUGGAAUGAUCAUCACGAUCGGCCAGGCCAUUGUGUAUGUGAUGACUGGGAUGUACGGAGACCCCUCUGAAAUGGGAGCUGGAAUCUGCUUGCUUAUCAUCAUUCAGCUGUUUGUUGCCGGUCUGAUUGUCCUGCUGCUGGAUGAGCUGCUGCAGAAGGGAUACGGCCUGGGCUCUGGGAUCUCUCUCUUCAUUGCCACUAACAUCUGCGAGACCAUUGUGUGGAAAGCCUUCAGCCCCACGACUGUGAACACUGGCCGAGGUACUGAGUUUGAAGGAGCCAUCAUCGCACUCUUCCACCUGCUGGCCACCCGCACUGACAAGGUGCGCGCGCUGCGGGAGGCGUUCUACCGGCAGAACCUGCCCAACCUGCUGAACCUGAUCGCCACCGUGUUCGUCUUCGCUGUGGUCAUAUACUUCCAGGGCUUCAGAGUGGACCUGCCCAUCAAGUCUGCCCGCUAUCGUGGUCAGUACAACACCUACCCCAUCAAGCUGUUCUACACCUCCAACAUCCCCAUCAUCCUGCAGUCCGCCCUCGUCUCCAAUCUCUACGUCAUCUCGCAGAUGCUCUCCACGCGCUUCAGCGGGAACUUCCUGGUGAACCUGCUGGGGACCUGGUCGGACACCUCGACGGGCGGGCCGGCGCGUGCCUACCCUGUUGCCGGGCUGUGUUAUUACCUCUCUCCCCCGGAGUCCUUCGGCUCGGUGCUGGAAGACCCGGUUCACACGCUCGUCUACAUCGUGUUCAUGCUGGGCUCCUGCGCUUUCUUCUCUAAGACUUGGAUUGAAGUCUCCGGCUCUUCUGCUAAGGAUGUUGCCAAGCAGCUAAAAGAACAGCAGAUGGUGAUGAGAGGCCAUCGAGAAACAUCCAUGGUCCAUGAAUUAAACAGGUACAUCCCCACAGCAGCUGCGUUUGGGGGGCUGUGUAUCGGCGGGCUGUCCGUCAUGGCUGAUUUCCUGGGUGCGAUCGGAUCAGGGACAGGAAUCCUGCUGGCCGUCACCAUCAUCUACCAGUAUUUUGAAAUCUUCGUAAAGGAGCAGAGUGAAGUCGGAAGCAUGGGCGCCCUCCUUUUCUAACCACAGCAAAACUACACAUUGUUCCAGUACACUUUGCUUUCUUUUCUUUAUCCUAAUUUUUUUUUUUUUUUUCAGUUUUAAUAAAUAUUUUCUUACAUUAUCAAAACAGGGAGAAUGUUUUAUUUUUUUUUUUUUUAGAGUGGCUGUUCGGAUUAGUAUUGCUAAUGAAAACCCUGCAUCCCAAGCCCUUGAUGGGGGCAGGGGCAGGGGAAGCUGCGUUUCAGUCCAGGUUUCCAUGUCUCUGGCAGUGUCUAGAAACAAGGCUCUUGGCUGCCGCUCUGACAGUCUGAGCAGUUGUAGUACUGAUAGUUACUCCAUGAACGUUUUUCCCCUCUUUGAGAGAUGUUGGUACUGCGUGCCAUAUUGGCUUCUCUCUACUUUGAACUUUUUGUAUUUUUUUUUUUUUUUAUCUCCCUGAUUCUGGUUAAAAGCACAAGUCUCGACUCCUACAGUAUCUCGUGUCGUUUCUCCCUUGCUCCCCGCUGACGUGACUGUUCGAGCGCGCAGGCAUGGGGUUAAAUGUUCACACGCUGGAUCUUUAUGGACGCCACGAAAUGGGGAGUUCUGUGGGCCUUGGAAAGGUUUUCUGUUAUUAAACAGGCAUUUGAAAAGCAUGCUGGCAUAGUAUUGGAUUGGAACGGCAACAUGUGUUGAUCCUCCUCUCUGUUUGAUCACCAGUGUGCCGGUGUGCUGAAUGCAGUUCAUCUGCAGCGUUCAACCAUUUCACAGACUGUAGAUCAGAGUCCAAUGUUUAACCACAAUGCAUGAGCUGCUCCAUUGUACAUAAUCUGUUAAAACAUACAGACACCAAUUCACACUAAUAUUAGACUACCUAAUGUUACCUCAGCUAGUUCGAGAUUAGUGGGAAUCGGAGUGCAUUGAGGUAGGGGAGGUGAGGGGUUUAAACACGGGCUGACUUGAGAAGGGGCUGUUAGCCUUUAUCAGAGAUGGCAUUCGCAGGGUCUGUGCAUUGAGGUAGGGGAGGUGAGGGGUUUAAACACGGGCUCACUUGAGAAGGGACUGUUAGCCUUUAUCAGAGAUGGCAUUCGCAGGGUCUGUGCAUUGAGGUAGGGGAGGUGAGGGGUUUAAACACAGGCUGACUUGAGAAGGGGCUGUUAGCCUUUUAUCAGAGAUGGCAUUCGCAGGGUCUGUGCAUUGAGGUAGGGGAGGUGAGGGGUUUAAACACGGGCUGACUUGAGAAGGGGCUGUUAGCCUUUAUCAGAGAUGGCAUUCGCAGGGUCUGUGCAUUGAGGUAGGGGAGAGUGGAGGGGUUUAAACACGGGCUGACUUGAGAAGGGGCUGUUAGCCUUUAUCAGAGAUGGCAUUCGCAGGGUCUGUGCAUUGAGGUAGGGGAGUGGAGGGGUUUAAACACGGGCUGACUUGAGAAGGGGCUGUUAGCCUUUAUCAGAGAUGACAUUCGCAGGGUCUGUGCAUUGAGGUAGGGGAGGUGAGGGGUUUAAACACGGGCUGACUUGAGAAGGGGCUGUUAGCCUUUAUCAGAGAUGACAUUCGCAGGGUCUGUGCAUUGAGGUAGGGGAGUGGAGGGGUUUAAACACGGGCUGACUUGAGAAGGGGCUGUUAGCUUUUAUCAGAGAUGACAUUUGCAGGGUCUGUGCAUUGAGGUAGGGGAGGUGAGGGGUUUAAACACGGGCUGACUUGAGAAGGGGCUGUUAGCCUUUAUCAGAGAUGACAUUCGCAGGGUCUGUGCAUUGAGGUAGGGGAGGUGAGGGGUUUAAACACGGGCUGACUUGAGAAGGGGCUGUUAGCUUUUAUCAGAGAUGACAUUUGCAGGGUCUGUGCAUUGAGGUAGGGGAGGUGAGGGGUUUAAACACGGGCUGACUUGAGAAGGGGCUGUUAGCCUUUAUCAGAGAUGGCAUUCGCAGGGUCUGUGCAUUGAGGUAGGGGAGUGGAGGGGUUUAAACAUGGGCUGACUUGAGAAGGGGCUGUUAGCCUUUAUCAGAGAUGACAUUCGCAGGGUCUGUGCAUUGAGGUAGGGGAGGUGAGGGGUUUAAACCCAGUUCCAGCAUUGUUGCAUUUUGUUUUUUUACACUUGGAAGUCGUUUCAUUAUUGGAUGCCACGUGUUACUCAAGGAUAAUUCGCACUCACACAAUCGUAUAUACCCCUUCAGUGUUCACUAUCAAAGCAGAAAGGCAGUUUGUGGGGGGGGGUGUUUUAUCUGAUUUUUAUUUUUAGUGAGAUUUAAUGCAAUUUAUAAUUGUGUCUGUUUGUACCAAAUCAACACUGCUGCUUACCACAAUAGCAAUAACAGGAGCGCGCAGGCACACUGAAAACAUCUUUUAUUUGGGGGGGGGGGGGGGGUGGCUGAUUCUGGGGGCCACGGUUUUAUUUGUGUAUUAUUUUCAUUGCUGCACAGCUCAUGGGUUUCUGUACAGCUGUAUAUAUGCCACUCCAUGCAUUCCUGCUCAUUGUGAAAGAAGGACUUUAUACAUUUCAAACUGCAGCGAUCUGAACAAAACAAACAAACAAAAACUGUGCAUUCUGUUCAGAUAACGAAUAUUCACAAUAAAACUACUUUAAAAGAACAAACUAA